AUGCAGCGUAAUCUGGUGGUUUGGACCACUGUGUGUCUGGCUAUAGUGGCCGCAGUGCAAAAGGACACGUACACCGCGGACAAGACUUACCUUACAAAACAAAAACGUCUUUAUCAAUUAUUCUGGCAUAUUGAUCAACCUACUACUGUUCAUCCCGACUUCUAUCAGGUCGCACGCUCUUGGAAUGUGGAGGACCAUGUUAAUGCUUAUCCUUCUGAGCAUCAGCAUGUCGUCCACGAAUUUGUUCAACGCUGGAAGUACGGUCUCCUCCCGCGUGAUGCAGUCUUCACGCCCUACCACCCUGAACAUGUCGAGGAGGUGCAAGCUCUCUUCAAGCUAUUCUACCACGCCAAGGACUUUGACACCUUCCACAACAUGGCGAUUUGGGCCGGAUUCCAUGUGAACGCAUAUCUUUAUGGCUACACUCUAGCUGUUGCCAUAUUGCACAGACCAGACACCAGGAACAUCCGUGUGCCUGUACUACACGAGGUUUUUCCUCAUUUGUUUUUCAACAAUGAGGUCCUCCAGAUGGCCUAUCGUGCCAAGUUGGGAGAUGCCAGUUUGAAGAAAACCAUUGACGUCACGUACCACGGUGGUACUGAUGUAGUAAUCAACUCAAACUACACUGGAUGGUACAUAGUGCACGACGACACAGAGGACAAAUUGAGCUACUUCACCGAGGAUGUUGGUCUCAACGACUGGUACUUCCACCUCGUCAACGACUACCCAUGCUGGAUGACCAGCCAAAACUACACCCUCGCUAAAGAAAUUCGCGGUGAACUCUACUACUUCGGACACAAGCAAUUGCUCGCUCGCUACUACUUGGAACGUUUGUCCAACAACAUGGGAGAAAUUGAGACAAUUGAUUGGCACGCGCCAAUUGUCACUGGAUACUACCCAACUAUGAAUUUGCCAAAUGGAUUGCCAUUUGUGCAACGUCCAUCUUGGACGCGUAUUCCCCAACAUAUGUAUCAGUUGGUCCAAGACAUUGAGCAAAAAGAAACUCACAUCCGUACUGCCAUUGAUACCGGCUACAUUAUGGACAACAGCGUUCCCCCGAAGCAGGUCAACAUCUACACCCCAGAAGGUCUCAAUCUCCUUGGUAAUAUAAUCGAAGGAAACAUGGACUCUACCAAUCCACAACUGUACGGUAGCGUCGACCAUCUUGCCAGACGAAUUCUCGGAUUCUCCCCAGAAGCUAUAGACAAGAACCACAUUGUUCCAAGCACUCUAGACUACGUUAGCACGAGCAUGAGGGACCCAGCCUUCUACCGCAUCUACAAGAAGAUCAUAACCUACUUCAUGCAGUACAAGAAGAAUCUACCAAAAUACACCCACGAGGAGCUUGUCUUCCCCGGUGUUAAGGUCGACUCCGUUGCCGUCGACAAGCUAAUCACUUACUUUGAACAAUUUGAAUCUGUCAUAAGCAAUGGUAUUCCAGUAUCAUCCCUGAAGGAUGCUGACACUACUAUCAUCAAGGUGCGUCAGCCUCGCCUGAAUCACAAACCUUUUACCUACCACAUCAGCGUUACCAGUGACAAAGACGUCAAGGGUACUGUUCGUAUCUUCAUGGGGCCCAAAUACGACGUCCACGGUCAUGCAAUUGAUUUCGUUCAAAACUACGUCAACUUUGUUGAGGUGGACCAAUUCAUGGUGGAUUUGAAAUCUGGUCCCAACAAGAUUAAGCGCAGCAGCGCCGAGUCCAUUUACUUCAUGCCCGACGAAUUAUCAACCACAGUCUACUGGAAAAAGAUGGUGAAUGCUAUUGAGACUGGAGAGACCUUCCAGUACAACGGUCAGCUGUUUGGUUUUCCCGACCGUAUGGCCCUGCCCAAGGGUAAGAAGGAGGGUCUUCCGCUGAAACUCUUCAUCCACGUGACUCCAGUUCAAGAGGAUCAAACUGUUACCAUCAAAUCGCCAGUAUGGGGAACUACUGUCGUUGACGGCAAGCCCAUGGGAUUCCCACUGGACAGACCCGUUGUAAGACACAUGUUCCAUGGACUACCCAAUGUUCACUUCAAGGACGUUGUCGUUUUCCACAAGCAGAUUGACGAGUUAAACCAGACCGGUCAAACUAUGUACCUGUAAGGGCCCAUUAAUGCACUGCAAAUUUAAGUCUUCACAGUAGUCAUGAAUGUAGAAUGAUGCCAAUAUUGUAUAUUUUAUUGAGAAUAAAAAUAAACUUGUCAAAGUUUUGGCCAUGAA